ACCGCGCAGACGUGUGCCCGCCAUUGCUGUGUGAAAACGCGGGAAAGUUUGACAGUGACGUUGCAGUUUCAAAUCGACGCCAUGUUUAUUUUGAAGGUCACUCUCCUCGUAGCAGCUACAGCCUGCGUAUAUGCACAAAACGGACCCACCACGACUCCAGUGCCUAUCUUGAAACAGAUCAACCGACAAAACGACGAUGGGUCGUAUUCCUACGGCUACGAAGCUGCUGACGGGUCGUUCAAAAUCGAGACCAAGUACCCGAACGGAGACGUUGCUGGAAAAUAUGGUUACGUCGGUGAAGAUGGCAAGCUGAAGGAGAUUUCUUACGGUGCGAGUAGUAAGAGAGGUUUUGAACCGGAAGGUCCAGGCAUUAUGGUACCACCUCCAACUAUCAACGAUAAUCCCUCAAACGCGCUAGCGGACGGCCAAGAAGAUGACGGCCAAUACAGAGAAGAUCCCAGCAUCUACGAAGACCCAAAAUACAACAGCAAAGGUCGUGCACACCGCCCUUCAGCUAACUUCCAAUUCCAUCAACCUGUGCAACCUGCGCCACAGCCUCGAGCUCAAUAUCAACAAACCCAGUACAACCAGCCUCAAUAUCAGCAGCAAUACCAACCAUCGCAAUUCCGGUCGUCUCCACUCUUCUCCCAACAAACCAGUUUCAGCCAGCCGUCACAAAACGUGUUCAGCCAGGGUACUCAACAAUUUGACCAGUACAGGCCUCAGAGUCAGAUAUAUCAUCAGCAACCUCAAUUCUCAUACCAGGCGUACACUCCUCAAUAUAAUCAAAACCAAAAUCAAUACAAUCCAUACCAAAAUUUCGAUCCCUUCUUGGGACAUCCGGCCCAAAACUUUGACCCCAACACUGGUUCCUACACCAUUAACUUCACUGGAAAGUAGGAUAAUGUAUUGUACAUAUGAAUAAUAGUGUUUAUUUUUAAGGAUACUUCGUUAUCCCAAAGCGAACGAUUUUGUCUAGUGCUAGUCAGACUUUUGGAGAGUUUUGAAGAUUUGUAACUGUAAUGCUUAACUUGAUUGUGACUAACAAAAGUACAAAUUAAUUUAUUUAUCAGUUUAUAAUAUGUAACAUGUAUUUUAUCCUGCAUUACAAUUUUAUUUAUGUAUUAUAUUUAUUUAUUAUUAUAAAUUUGAUAC